GGGAUCUCUGGAGAUCAUCCAGUCCAACCCCUUUGCCAAGGCAGGGUCACCAGAGCAGGUUGUACAGCAACACGCCCAGGUGAAUCAUUGGAAUGUCUCCAAUGAUGGAGAUUCCACGACUUCCCUGGGCACCUGUUCCAGUGCUCUGCCACCCUCAGUGUAAAGGAGUCCUUCCUCAUUUUAACAUGAAACUGUUUUUGUCUUAGUUUAUGGCCAUUGCUCCUGUCUCUCACCUGUUGCUGGGCUCCACUGAAGAGAGUCCAGCACUGUCCUCUUGGCACCCACCUUUGAGAUAUUUAUAUACAUUAAUGAAAUCCUAAUGAUGUCCUCGUUCCAGGAAGGACAGGGUUAAUUUUUGCAAUAGCCAGGAAGGGGCAUGGCCACGACCCAGAGGUUACUCUGUGCCAGCUCCCGUUGUUUUCUGGGGACAGGGAAGGGGUCCUUUUCAGGUCCUGUAGUGUGGCAGUCAGAUAUUGUCAGAACCCUGCAUUGAGCACUCAGGUGUGAAUCAUUUGUCUCUUGUACAUUGUUACUAAUAGUGUUGCUGUUACCACUGGUUUUCUUAUUUAAUUUGUUUCCAGUAAAUUGGCCUGAUCUUGACCUGUGAUCUUUAUUUACCCUUUGUGCCUCUAAAUCUCCACUCCAUCUUGCAGCAGGAGGAAAGGGAGGGGGGAGCAAGUGAGUGGCAGUGUGGUUUGGAGAGGCUUACUGGGAGCACUGAAUUGGGGAGUACCAUUCCUAAACCACAACAGAUCUCCUCUCAGUCUUCUCUUGUUCAGACUAAAUGGGCCCAGUUCCCACAGUCUCUCCUCACAAGAGAGAUGCUCCAGACCCCUCGUCAUCUUUGUGGCCUCUGCUGGACCUUCUCCAGCAGCUCCUUGUCUUUGUUAUCCCGAGGAGCCCAGAACUGGAGACAGUACUCCUGAUGUGCCUCACCUGGGGCAAGUAGAAGGGCAGGAUCAUCACUCUCAACCUGCUGGCUACACUCUUCCCAGUGCACUCCAGGAUCCCAUUGGCCCUCCUGGCUGUAAGGGCCCUGCCAAUUCAUGGUCAGCUUGUCACCCACCAAGAUCCAGGUUCUUAUCUGCAGAACUGCUCUCUAGGAGGUCAGCCCCCAGCCUGUGCUGAUAGUUGGAGUUAUUCCUCUCCUGGUGUACCCUACACUUGCCCUAGUUGACUCUCAUUGGGUUUCUCUCUGCUUAAUUCUCCAGCCUAUCAAGGUCCUGCUGAAUGGCACAGCCUUCAGGUUGCCCUGCAGUUCCCUGACGAGCUCCUGGCAGACGCAGUGGAGGUGGCAGGCCGCAUGGAGGCAGCAACCGGGGCCGAGAUGUACGUGUUAGGAGACACCACGUAUGGCAGCUGCUGCGUGGAUGAAGUGGCUGCCGAGCACGUGGGUGCCGAGGCAGUGCUGCACUACGGCCCAGCCUGCCUCAGCCCCUGCAGAAAGCUCCCGGUGCUGCACAUCUUCGGGCAGCAGCCCCUGGACGUCGGGCGCUGCACAGAGGUGUUCCGGGAGCUCUACCCCGAGCAGCAGAGCUGUGUGGUGGUGCUGAGCGAUGUGGUCUAUGCCCAUGCGAUGGGUGAGCUGGAGCAGCAACUGUGCCCCGAGUACCCCAAUAUCAUCUUCUCCAGGCUGGUGUGUGGAGACCCUCCUGGCCCCGCAGUGCCUGGGGAGGAGCGGAAGUUUGGUCGCCAGUUCUUGGUGGAGGCUGCAGGAGGGCUGCAGGAUUAUGCCAUGUUCUAUGUGGGAGCUGAGGGCCUUGCCCUCACCAGCUUCAUGCUGACCUGGAACUGCUGCCCUUUCAGCUCCUUCAACCCUAUCACCGGCUGCGGCCGCCACGAGACCCUCAAUGUCAACCGGGCCCUGAUGCGCCGCCUGUACCUGGUGGAGCGGGCCCGGGAUGCCAGUGUGGUGGGCAUCCUGGUGGGCACCCUCGGCGUGGCGGGCUACCUGACCGUGCUGCAGCACCUCCGGGAGCUGCUGCGCCGGGCCGGCAAGCGCAGCUACACGUUGGCCGUGGGGAAGCCAAACCCUGCCAAGCUGGCCAACUUCCUGGAGGUGGACAUCUUUGUCCUGGUGGCCUGUGCUCAGAAUUCCCUCCUGGACUCCAGUGACUUCUACAGACCUGUUGUGACCCCCUAUGAGCUAGAGCUGGCCUGCAACCCAGCCCGUGAGUGGACGGGAAACUACCUCACAGACUUCCGAGACUUGCUGCCAGGUGCCUGUGCCCACGUUGAGCUCCCAGCGGCUGUUCCCGCAGCGGAGGCUGUUCCCGAUGUUUCGCUGAUCACAGGGAAGAUGCGUGCUACCCACCUCUGUGACCCCCUGACCUCUCAGCUGCCCCCCAGCACUGCCCUGGCCUGCAGGGACCAGACACGGGCUCUUGCAGAGAUCAGCCCUGCAGCCUCCUUCCUGGAGUCCCGCAGCUGGCAGGGUCUGGAGCAGCAGCUGGGACAGACCCCUGUCUCCAAGGCUGUGCAGGGCCGACGAGGGAUUGCCAUUGCCUAUGAGGAUGAAGGGUGUGAGCAACCCUAAUUCAGCAGCAUUGGCACCCAACCAGGAGCGGGGCCGUGUGGGGGCCCAGACAUUGCCUCUCACUGGGUGCUGGACCUGCUGCCAGCUGGCACCUUGCUGGAUGUGGCCUUGGGUCAGUAAUACUGCAGUGGGACAGCAGGAGUUGCACGUGUGUUCAGGAAUGCCUGUGGCACCCUGAGGCUCAUGGCCAGGGCAGCAGCAGGGCCAGGAGAGAUGGCCACUUGGCCCAGACCCAGUCUUGGAGGGCUCCUUCAUCCAGGGCAGCUUUGUCCCUAUGUGGAAAGGUCACAACUUUGCAGGAGCUGACAGUGCCGAGACUUGAGGCUUUUGUGGACUACUGCUGCUAAGUAAAGCUGAAGAGGAUUUGUGAAUGAAAUGUUUUUUAGAAUAAAACAUGGGCUGAAGAGUGCA